ACUCCAUAGUUUUAUAUGAUAACUAAACAAAUCUUUCUUUACCCCUCUGUGUUCUACCAUAAACCUACCCACGCACUUCACAAACCCUUCCUCUGCUAAACACCACCUCUCUCUUAAACCCUUGAUCUGCUUCAAUUAGUCUUGUUUGGAUUUUAGGGUAUGUUUGGUUGAGAAUGACGGAAAAGUCGGAAAUAGUAGAAAGCAGCAACGGGGUGAAAUUGGACCCUUUGUCUGUUUAUGAUUUUACUGAUGAUGAUUUACUAUGCCUAUCAUCAGAGAGAAGAGUAGUAGAAAUUAGUCCUGAUUCUGCUGCGGAAUCUUCCAUUGACAGAAAAAAAAAACCACACAAUGCUACUGAAUCUCCAGAUAAUGCAAGCCCUAAUAAAUCUGUUGGGCAAAUUUCCACUGCAAGAAGAAUGACCCGCUCUCAGACGCCUCAUAAUGGAGCAGCUCAGCCUACUUUGAAGAAAUCACUAAAAUACCCUAGAGCUGUAAGAGGUAAAUUAGUUGGAAAACAUGUUAAAAGGAGGAAGCUUGUUAAUGCUUCUGGCAAAAAUAAGGGUAAAUCUGUACAGGCGGAUGAAGUUAUUGGAUCAAAAAAGAGAAAGGUGGAUGCUGCACAAAGGGGACAAGCUCCUAGCUCCUCCUCCAAUUUGAAGACUUGGGAUUUCUACAUUCCACCAAACAAACAUUUUCACACGCGUAUAAGUUCGCACACAAAUUGUGAAGUCGUUAAAUUGUUGAAGAGCAAGUUGGAUGAUAGACAGCUCCAGAUCUUCAGGGGAACCAUAUUCGGGUAUUUUCUUGAUUUGCCUAAUGUAGUUGUACAGAACCAGCUUAUACAUUCCCUAUUGCUCAGGCAGGUGGUCCCAAAAAGAGAGGACGAACUGUGGUUUAAAGUGAACGGGACCAAGUUGCGUUUUGGACUGGCAGAACUAGGGAUUAUUACUGGUUUGAAAUGUUGUGGUGAUGCUGAUAAGGGCUAUGAAUCUAGUAGUACCAAUAGGUUGAUGGAUAUGUACUUUUCUGGACUUGAAAAAGUACCCAAGCAAUCAUUGAUUGACUGCUUCCUUGAAAAGAGAUGGAGGUCGGACGAGGAUGCGGUCAAGAUUGCUGUGUUGUAUUUCAUACACACAUUCUUGUUCUCAAAUGGGUCUAGGGCUAGAUUCAUCACGAAGGCUGAUUUUGAUAUUGUUGAGAGCGGGGAGUAUGAGACAUUCCCUUGGGGUAUACUUGUAUUUAGAGCCAUGGUGGAUACCAUGAACAAUAGGUUGCGGACAGGUCUAAAGAUGUAUAGGCUUGGGGGUUUACCUUUGGCUUUUCAGUGCUGGUUCUAUGAGUGCUGUACCUAUGUUGAUGGCAAGUGGGCUCACCGGAUUGACAACAAAGUGCCCCGUAUUCUUAAUUGGAAAAUUCGGAGGCAACCGACCUUGAACGAGUUGUCUAGUGGGAUCUUCAAGAUGAGCGGGGACAAGUUGAAGUUGAAGAAUGUUUCUCCUACGGAGUUUGAGCAAAUUCACUUGGAUUUGCCUGAAUCAUCUGGAAUUCCAAAUGAUAAGGAGGUGGAUUCGGCUGAGCUUCCUGAAGUUCAUCCUAGUGAUGAUGACUUUAGCACUCCACCUCCUAAAAGAAGCAAAAAUCAGCCGAAGACUAAAUCGGAUCCCCCAGUGAACAAUUUGGAGAUGAGUGAUGAGAUCCAACGACUAUCUGAUGGACAGUCGGAGUUGAAGAGUGAUAUUCGAAAGGUCCUUAAAGCAACCGUCUCUCUUAAGGAACAAAUGAUGGCGUCAUUUGCAGAUGUCUUUAAAGCAAUUGAGUCUUUGUCAAAGAAACAACCAGAAAAGGAUGAUUCAGAAAUUGAUGGAAGAGAUGGCCACCAUGACAGACAUGGUGAUGGUGAUUCCGGUGGUUUUAACGCUAAUGAUGACCAUGGUAGUGACGGCCCAGAUCAUGGUAAGGACUCCAUCGGUUGCAAGGAGAAUAGUGAGGAAGGCAAUGUUGAGGCCAUGGAUGGAUGAUGAUUUGACUUAAGGUAAUAAGCAGGUUGAGAUUGCAGAAUCCGUCACGGAGGACAAGAAAGACAGAGCAGCCUAGUGCAAGCAGCUGUACUGUUUGAGUCCUUGUCCAAUUUGGAACUGGCAUAAACAGGUUAGGAUUUUUCAAAUCUAUAAGAAGGUCUUGCCUAUUCAAUCCGCACCAGUGGUGACUAUUUCUACUGGAUGGUAUAAUAGACGUGCAGUCAAUGAGAGUGACAACGGUGGGGUGUAAUGCGGACCCUGGUUGUCGAUUGGUCUUCAUGUCCAAAUAAUAUGGUUGCUGCUCAAAAGCUGUGUCUGGAAAGCCUUAGGAGUUUCUGCAAUUGAAUUGGGCAAGGUGAUUAUAACUUGAACAAGAAUUGCUUUUGUGAUUUUUUGGUCCCGUCCAUUUCGAUCACAAAAGCAUUUAUGCUGUGUUUAUAUGUAAAUUUUAUUGGCUUCAGUUUUAUGUAAUCAUAAGAUAUUCAUAUCAUCAAUGAAAAUAAUCUCUUUGAGAUUGUAUUA